UGCCUGCCAGUCAGCCGGAGCGGAUGUGGCGGCGGGCGUUGCGCGCGAGGGCCCCGCGGCGGGCCCGAUCCCAGGCGGCCGGGCGCUGCUGCUGGAGCUGCGGGGCCCCGCUGGGUUCGGGGGCGGCGGGGCCCGGCUUCUGCCCCUCGUGCCGCGCUUUGCAGCCGCCGGAGCCCCGCGCGGACCUCUUCGGGGUGCUGGGCUGCCCGCGCGGCUUCUCCGUGGACCUGGCCCGGCUCCGGCAGCGCUUCCUGGCCCUGCAGCGCUCGCUGCACCCGGACCGCUUCAGCCGCCGACCGCAGGCCGAGCGCGGCUUCUCGGAGCAGCACGCCGCCCUGAUCAACCUGGCUUACGGCACCCUCCGCAGCCCGCUCAGCCGCGGCCUCUACCUGCUGGAGCUGCGCGGAGUCGAGUUGGCGGCGGGCAGCGAUGCGGAGGCCGAGCCCGGCUUCCUCGCCGAAGUCUUGGAGCUGAACGAGCAGCUGGCGGCCGCGGACUCGGAAGCGAGCCUGGCUGGGCUGGAGCGCCUUCUGGCAGCAAAGCAAGAGGCUCUUGUGCAGGAGGUGAGCAGGGCCUUUGAGCAAGAUGACCUUCACAAGGCCAGAAGACUCUUGGGCAAAAUGAAAUACUUUGCGAACCUAGAGGAGAAGGUGAAGGAAAAGAAAGCCCCUUCUUGACCCCUCACCCUGUUUAGGGCAACCCGUGAUGCAUUUUGGCUUGUUGCUUCCUUGACACGGAACCACCGAGGAAGGAGACAUUCGGGGACUGAGGGAAGGGGAGGCCAGGUAGCAACCUUGUUCUCUGCUUGGGGGCCUGAAAGAGAAGCUGCCUGUGAGGGAGCCCACAAAUCAAAAUAAAGGCGCUCUGGGGAUCCAUUUCGGUUUGUGUAUAUGAAAGGCGCUUGGCCAAGAUGGUGCCUACUUCUUGCGUCUCCCUUGGCAGAAGUGGGCCAACCAUGCUUGGAGAGACUUUUUACUGCCCUGCAGGAUGGUAGACAUUAGGGCAGGGAAGCGGGUGCCGUUUGCCCCACCAUUACUCCCUGCAGCCGGGAGUCUAGAGCGUGCUGGGGUGGAUUCACAGAGGUUGCUGGGACUAAAAGGGAAUGUGGUCUGCCCAAAACCGUUCAGGAAAGUUUAUCGUCGCAUGUGCCCUGAAUGCCAUUUGAGUGGCUUCGCUCAAGGACUACAAACAAGAUGUGGGGUCCCUUCCUGAUACUGGGGUUCUCACAAUGUUAAUUUUACCAAGUUGUGCAUAUUUUAUAAGCCUCUAUUUCCUUCAUGAUUUCCUAAUUAAAAUGCUGUGAAUUUUUA